GAUCUGCAGUCACACCGUAGGAUCAGUACAAGUGACAGCACACGGGAUCACAGGUAGAUCAGAUGGAGGACAGUAAGUGCCAUCAAUGGCUCCACCAGCUGGGACUCCUGGCUCUGUCAUAUCUGGUGCUAAAACAAGUAUGGAUCCUACUGGUCGGAGUGAAAAACCAUAUACUGCCGCUAUGGUGGAGGACUGACCUCAAGAAGUAUGGAGGAUGGGCAGUGGUAACUGGAGCAACAGAUGGAAUCGGGAAGGCCUACGCGUUGGAGUUGGCCAGGAGGGGCUUUGAUGUCGUCCUCAUCAGUCGGACUAUGGAGAAGCUACAAAAAGUUGCAAAUGAGAUCGGAAAACAGACCCAACGAAAAACGAAGAUCAUCCAGGUGGACUUCACCGGAGGACCUGAGAUUUAUCCAAAGGUGGAGAAGGCCUUGAAGGAUCUGGAUAUCGGCAUUCUAGUGAAUAACGUUGGGAUGAGUUACUCUGAAGCAGGAAGAUUUCUUGAGAUCCCAGGUAUCAACAAGACAAUAGAAGAAAUGAUGAACUGCAAUGUACUCUCCAUGGUGCACAUGACCAGGAUUGUGCUUCCAAGAAUGGUUGAGAGGAAAAAAGGCCUCAUCAUAAACCUCUCCUCUGCCGCCGGGGUCCGUCCUUAUCCAAUGGUGGCCAUGUACGGCGCUACUAAGGUCUUCAUGGAUUUCUUCUCCCGAUCCCUGAACAGUGAGUACGGACGAGAUGGGAUUAUAGUCCAGUCUGUCCUGCCGCACCUGGUAUCCACCAACAUGACCCGCAAUCCAGCCGCCAACAUCCUGGUGAAGACCAGCGACGACUUUGUCCGGGAGGCCCUGAACACGGUGGGAUACACACACCGCACCUUCGGCUGCCUCUCCCACAGCAUACAGGCCUAUAUACUGGACCUGCUACUGCCUGAGACCGUCAUGAAUUCCCGCAUCUGCCGCUUCAUUGGCGGCUGUGCCAUGAGCCUGCUGGUCAAGAUAAUGAAAGUCGAUUAGAGCUGUCAAUAAACUGUACGGGAAGUGAUACUGUGCGCUGUCUUUAUGUACAGGGUAACAUACUGAGCCUUCAACCUAGUAUACAAGACAAUGGAAGUGAUACUGUGCACUGAUUGUAUGUACCAACUUACCGAUAAAGAGCCUUCUAUUUAAUGGAUAGACCAGAGAAGUGAUACCCUGCAUCUCUGUAUGUACAGAAUAACAUGCUAAGUCUUACACCAAGUAUACAGGACCAGGGAAGUGAUACUGUGCACUGAUUGUAUGUACCAACUUACCG